UUUGAACACCAACAAAGCUUACCUCUUUUGAAGACGCGAUAAGAGAUUAGAAGGGAAAGCAGGAAGAAGCAGAGCGUGAGUGAGUGAGUGUGGGGGGUGGUGUCAAGUGUCAACAAUGGACAUCAACGGUCUUAAAUCCCUUAACAUACCAAACCCUUCUCGUUUCCGCCCAAAACUUCCCCUUGUUCGCCGAUUCACUUUUCUUCACUUCAGACCCAAACCCACCACUUUUCUCUCUCUUUCUUCGCCAUUCUGCUCUCUCAAUGCGAAUGAUGCCGCUGAGAUAAACAAGGAAGGAACUUUGCCUCGGGGUGUUGGAGAGGCCUUGAAUGGAGGAGCUUCACGUUCCAAGGUUCUUCAGGUUGUGCUUGUGUCCCCUCAGAUUCCUGGAAACACUGGAUGCAUUGCUAGAUCAUGUGCUGCAUCAGCUGUUGGAUUGCACUUAGUUGGGCCAUUAGGAUUUCAGGUGGAUGAUUCCAAAUUAAAGCGCGCUGGACUGGAUUAUUGGCCAUAUGUGGUUGUUAAAGUUCAUGACACUUGGGCAAGUUUUCGUGAUUAUUUCAGGCAACAGGAAGGACAAAAGCGGCUUCUAGCAUUUACAAAGAGAGGAACAAAAGUUCAUUCUGAAUUUUCCUACAGAAAAGGUGAUUAUCUUUUGUUCGGUUCAGAAACCAGUGGACUGCCACCUGAAGCCUUGCUAGAUUGCAAAACUGAACCAUUUGGCGGGGGAACUAUUCGGAUCCCAAUGGUUGAAACUUAUGUCAGAUGUUUGAAUCUUUCUGUAAGUGUUGGCAUAGCUUUGUAUGAAGCUUCUCGACAACUAAACUAUGAGAAUCUUCAGCUAGCUUCAGAAAGCUGUAUGGAUACUGAGGAAUCAUUUAUUACUGAAGACAUUUUUGCUUGAUAAUAUACUUAUUCAUAUAUUUAGUUUAACAUAGGUAGGAACAUUCCUUUGGAAUUUACUUAUAAUGAAAUCUAGUUGUGUCUCCUUGGCUAGGUACAUAUUUAGUUUAUUGAGAUGGAGAAUGUGUCCCGUUCCCAUAUUCAAUAGUGAAGUGGAAAGUUGGGACUCAGAGAAUAGUCCCACAUAAGUACCCAAAUUCCACACACAAAGAACUAUAAUUUUUAAUAUUUUGAUCCUGUAGAGAAUUAUAGCAACGGUGUUUUGUACUUCUGUAUGUUUAAGUAUCUCUGCCCUUGCCAUUUAUUAUUAUGGAAAUUCUCACUUUUCCAACU